AUGCCAGCAGGAGUGUCAUGGCCUAGGUACCUCUCCUUCCUGGGAGCAGCCACCCUCACCAUGUUCGCGGGGGCCCAAACUGUUCAUUAUUAUUACAAACCCUUAAGCGACUUAGACAAAUACGUUGAGGAAGAAAUGAAACAGCGACACAAAUAGUUACAUACUUUAUUUUAUAAAAUGUAAAAAAUCGUUAUUACAUUGUUUAGGAUUGAA